AUGGGCAAGACUCGCCCAAAGAACGUUGUGGCCACGGCCCCACAAAAUCUCCAUAAUUCCACAAAUCGAAUCCGGAAGCCAAAGACAGAAGCUCAGAUAGCCAAGAGAGCUAGAAAAAACAAGCAACGCCGCGAGAAGCGCGCAGUCGAAAAGGCCCGGGCAAACGCCAAGGCAGAGACUCAGAAGGAGCCAGGCCAACGCACUUUAAUGGUCGAAAGUGAGGCCCGUACGGCACGGAUUAAUUCCCUCCGAGUCAGUAUUGCCCAAAGGCAGGAGCAGAUUGCUCGCCGUCAGGCGGAGAUUGCCCUCAAGGAGGCUGAGAUUGAACGCCUGCUGGCGGAAGAAGCUGUGGGCCGACGUUCAAAGCAGGACGAGGCCGAGGGGGACGAUGCGGACUCGGUGGAUGAUGUUGAUAUGGAGGUGGAUCAGUAG